GUUUAAAUGACGGGAGCGCCCCGACGGCCGCACUCAUGCUGCAGCCUUGAGCCCGGCCCAUCCCUCCUCCUCUCCUCUCGGGCUUCUCUUGUCUACCCGGCGGCGGCAUUGAGCUGCUGGCCAUGCCACUGAAACAUUACUUCCUUUUGCUGGUGGGCUGCCAGGCCUGGGCUGCAGGCUUGGCCUACUAUGGCUGCCCUAGUGAGUGUACCUGCUCCAGGGCCUCCCAGGUGGAGUGCACAGGAGCACGCAUUGUGGCAAUGCCUACCCCUCUGCCCUGGAAUGCUAUGAGCCUUCAGGUCCUCAACACACACAUUACCGAACUCACUGAGGCCCCAUUCCUCAACACCUCAGCCCUCAUUGCCCUGAGGAUGGAGAAGAAUGAGCUGUCAAACAUCAUGCCAGGUGCCUUCCGAAACCUGGGCUCGCUGCGCUACCUCAGCCUCGCCAACAACAAGCUACAGAUGCUGCCUGUUGGCCUCUUCCAGGGCCUGGACAACCUGGAAUCCCUCCUUCUGUCUAGUAACCAGCUGGUGCAGAUCCAGCCAGCCCACUUCUCCCAGUUUAGCAACCUUAAAGAACUGCAGUUGCAUGGGAACCAUCUGGAAUAUGUCCCUGAUGGUGUCUUUGACCACCUGGUGGGACUCACCAAGCUCAAUCUGGGUAAGAACAGCCUCACCCACUUGUCUCCCAGGGUCUUCCAGCACCUGGGCAACCUUCAGGUACUCCGGCUCUAUGAGAACAGGCUCACAGACAUUCCCAUGGGCACCUUCGAUGGGCUUGGCAACCUCCAGGAGCUGGCCCUCCAGCAGAACCAGAUUGGCACACUCUCCCCUGGCCUCUUCCACAAUAACCGCAACCUCCAGAGACUCUAUCUCUCCAACAACCACAUCUCGCAGCUGCCCCCUGGCAUCUUCAUGCAGCUGCCCCAGCUCAACCGGCUCACACUCUUUGGGAAUUCCCUGAAGGAGCUCUCCCCGGGGGUCUUUGGGCCCAUGCACAACCUUCGGGAGCUGUGGCUCUAUGACAACCACAUCACUUCCCUACCCGAUAACAUCUUCAACAACCUGCACCAGUUGCAAGUUCUGAUUCUUAGUCGCAACCAGAUCAGCUUCAUCUCUCCAGGAGCAUUUAAUGGGCUGACAGAGCUUCGAGAACUGUCCCUCCACACCAACGCUUUGCAGGACCUGGAUGGGAAUGUCUUCCGAGCGUUGGCCAACCUCCAGAACAUCUCUCUCCAGAACAACCGCCUCCGACAGCUUCCAGGCAACAUCUUUGCCAAUGUCAACGGCCUCAUGACCAUCCAGCUGCAGAACAACCAGCUGGAGAACUUGCCCCUGGGCAUCUUUGAUCACUUGGGGAACCUGUGUGAGCUGCGUCUCUAUGACAACCCCUGGAGGUGUGACUCAGAUAUCCUUCCACUUCGCAACUGGCUCCUGCUUAACAAGGGCAGGUUGGGGACAGACGCUCUCCCAGUGUGUGCCAGCCCAGCCAAUUUCCGCGGCCAGUCCCUUGUCAUCAUCAAUGUCAAUGUCGCUGUGCCUAGUGUCCAGGCCCCAGCAAUCCCUGAGAGUCCCAGCUACCCAGAAGUGCCACGGUAUGUAGAUACACCCAGUUACCCUGACACACCCAGCUACCCCGAAGCUACAUCCAUCUUCUCUACUACGGAAGCCACCACUUCCAUGGAAGACUACAGUGAUCUGACCACCAUCGACCCCACUGAUGACCGCAAUACCUGGGGCAUGACCCGGGCCCAGAGUGGGCUGGCCAUCGCUGCCAUUGUAAUUGGUGUCAUUGCCUUAGCCUGUUCCCUAGCUGCCUGCAUCUGCUGCUGCUGCUGUAAGAAGAGGAGCCAGGCUGUCCUGAUGCAGAUGAAGUCACCCAAUGAGUGUUAGGGAGGCAGGUUCGUGCAGGGCUGGAGAAAGGCGAGACCAGAGCACCUGAGAAUGUCAUCAUUUGGGCUCCAAACCUGUGUCCAUACAGCCAAGCUCUGAUGGCCCUCUAGACCUUAGAGAAAGUGCCCUAUCGUGUCCUGACCUCCUGAGUCUUCUGUACAGAAAUGGGCCUUUCAGGACCAUCUACAUCCAGAGGGAUCGAUCCAAUUGGCCAUAGAAAAACCUGAGGGAUUUCUAGGUCAACACCCAUGCUUCCUUCAGAAGGACCCUUUGCCAAAUUAUCAUCACCUUUCCUCCAAGAACAACCUUCCCUGCUUCUGGCCCCUCCUAGCCUUGGUAGUCUUAAUGAUGACAAGGUCUGCUCACACAGUGGGAUAAUUCUCCAUUGGGACAACCCAUGCCUCAAAGUAUUAUAUAAAUUGAUUUCCCUUCUUUUGCUUCUCUUUUUGUGCCAUGGCUUGACUCUGUCCCCCCCAAGUGAAAGUUCUCUCCUUGGUUUCCUGCUGCUGAAGGCAGAAUGAAUUUUCUCCUUAAAGAAGGCUUUGAACCUUUUAGCUCCGUGUCCCUGGCUUGGAGGACGCUUUGAAGAGAGGACCCAUGUCCCUCGGCUCUUGGACACACUCGUCAUCGGCAUCUCCUGGGAUUUUUAGCUGAAGAAGGAAGAAAGGCGCCUAUGUAACAAGUCCAGCCUUUUAGAGAAUGAGGCUUCCAAACUGCAAACUUUCUUUUGAAGAUCAUAGUCCUUAAUGGCACAAAAUCAUGAAGGAUUGCCAAGUUCUAAAAAUAUCAGCUUGUUAGUAUUGGAUGGAGAAAGAAACCUGGUGCCUGGGGUCCUUACACUCACCUCUACAUAGUUCCAUUCCUAUUUCUAAUUGGAUUAUCACAUACAUACAGAAAAGUGAGAGUGUGAUAAUGUACAGACUGCUGAAUUCUCAUACACCACACCAAAUAACAUCAGAGUACCCACUACUCCAAGCUUGUUCUGGAAGACUUCUGGAGAUGGCGUGGACUUGCUGGCUUCCUGUGUGAAUGGGAGGAAUCCUCACACCCCUCGCCCCAUGGCCAGCCCUUACAAAGUCCCAGCUGCCAGGGAUGGAAGAGAAGGUGUAGGUAGGAACAGGACAAGAGGCAGCCAGGUUGGCCAGGCUAGAGGCAUCCUGACUACAGCAGCCUGUGAAAACACACUUCUUUCCUGCCAACAAGUCCUGUAAUGCUCAUUGGAGGCUCCUCCGCUGGACCUUUUAUGGGCAUGACAUGCCCAUAUCUGUUUGUAAUUUUUGCUUUCCAUUUGGGGGAAGUGAAAUAGCUCAAAGAUGAGAUCUUUCAGUUGAACAUCCAAAUAUAAUGGAAACCAGGAAUCCUUCUACACUGUGGUCAAAUUCUCCAUCAACAUUAGUCAGCUGGUAGCUAGACUGCAGGGUGUUCACAGACAGCAGAUGUCAGGACACACUGGCAGGUCACACUGGGGGGCACAGCUAGAUCUGGAGAGCCUCCUGUCUGGGGUCUGGUUACCAGUUGGGCCAGGGUUUUCUCUGAGUUAUAAUUGCAGUACACCUGCCUUGGCUAUGCUUCUUGCUAUCUAGUAUCCACAGUAUCCAUAUCCACAAUGUUAAACAAUUAUGCUCAAGACAACCUCUCUCAGGACAACCGGUCCACAUGUGCAGAACUAAAAACUGACUUGGAGAAUUUCAGGUUUCUGUGUCACCCAGGGAGAAUUUCAACUGACUGCAGGAAUCUGGAAAUCUAUCUCUAAUCUGGACUGGUGUUCACAGUACCCUCUGCCUUAUAAGACAAAUUAGAAAUCCCCCCAUAGCCGGGAACCGACAGGAUGGCCAGGCUUCUUCCCCUCCAGUCCCCUGCCAGAAAAGCCCAGAAGGAAUGUUUGUGAAAACUAGCACAGUGCGUCUUUUUAACUCUCUGUCCCAGAGAAUCUGAUGUCAGUCAAAAAACAUCUCUCCAAAGCAAAUCUGGGUUUUCAAGGACUUUUCAAAUGAUCUAUAGCGUUUGGUGCACAUGUAUGAAGACUGGCCCCAACCCAAAAGUGAAUGUAAGCAUAGUUCUGGUGACUGUGGUCUGGUCUGUUGUGGACCUUUGGGUGGAGGGAGAGAAAGCUGGGCCUGCUCUUGCAGAUGGAAACAUGGUUUGGUACCAUGUUCUCCAAAGCCAGAACCGUCAGGUACUUCUUGUGAGGUAUGUCCAGCCCAAGUGGGCUAGGGAUGGAAAGAGGAUGAAUUCUCUCCACCCAGGGUCCCCUGCCAAUCUUAUCCUGAGCCCUUGGCUGCUUCUGACAUUCGGCAGGACACUGGAGUAUUUCUCAGGCCCAAAGGCUGGCUUGAGGAGACACACACAGAUGGUAGCGACAGUGGAGCCUUCCUGUGACCCUCCAAGCUCACUGCUUCUUUCUCCCUCCAGGAAUGGCCUGCUCCUCACUGCCAGGCCUUUCAGAUUUUCUGAACCAUGUUGUCUAGCUAGGGAGGUGGUUGUAAAAAACUUCUUUCCAAUAGGAUAAUGAAUUUUCUCAAUUCUUGGGGCUGGAAUGAGCUCUGUGGUCCCCAGAAAUUUGUGAUAGGGUACAGAGUUCAAUUCACUUUCCUCAUCUGUUCACUGGUUUCUGGGUCACCCUCCAUCACCAGCAGCCUUUAUGUAGAAUGGGAAGAGGAGUCAAUGUUGGAGGAAAGCUAAUAAAGGUCAAUUCGAAACACCAUGUUAAAAGAUGUUCAGGUACCUGGGUACCUUUCAAAGCUCAUGACACUCAUUCUCCUUUAAACAUUCUGGAAACCCUGUGGAAUGAGUACCACCAUUAUAGUAAGGCAUCGUGAUGGUGCCUGUGACGGCCUGCUCUGUACAUUGCUCAAUAGGAGAUCUCUGAACAAGACCUUAUAGCCUGUCUGCAGCUUUCAUCAUGAGACCAGAGAAAACAGGACAGAGGCACAGCUGCCAGUCCUUGGAGCUUUUUCACAGGCAGCCGCUUUCAGAUGGCAGAAUAGAACCACUUCAGGAAUCACCUUCCAACCUCAUGGCCAAUGAGACUGAAUUUGGGGAGCACAUGGGUAACUGGAGUCAGGAAGCAGGUGCUGCAUGUGUCCUAGACAGCUGCAAGCCACUCAGAGAUCCAGUCACAAACCCUGCAGUCAGAACCAGAUCUUGCUGCAGGGAAGGUGCUGAUGGUCUUGGGAGCAAAGCCACUGGACAUAGUAGGCAGCAGACAGCUUCCAGGUGAAGUCCCUCCCAGCCCCAGGGCCCUUGUCCUAAGGAGAGUUUGUUCUCACCUCCCAUUACCUUCACGCUGCCUUCUACAGCAAUCAAGCUUGCUUUGCUAGAGGAUCUCUGCAAAUAGUCCCAAGUGCUUGGCAGUGCUGUUAGAGAUUUGUAGGCCUCCAGGGGAUUUAUAGAGUGUGACCCCUGGUGGGCAGGGUUGCGGGUUUGUCCUUUGCUACCUGCUGCUUGUUACAGAUUGGUGUAUAGAAUCAACAAUAAAUGGUAUACACAGGA